UUUUAAGGAGGCGAAUGAGUCAUAAUGAGCACCAGGAAGUGACCUAAUUUUACAUGCACCCGUGUACCGGUAUGUCGAUAAUAUUGUUUUAUGUUUUAUAAUGCCCCACUUCUCAUGUUAGCGACAUGUGACCGUGUGUAAAAGGUUUACUGCGUGUUGAUUGACUUGAUUGACUUCUAAGACACUUACACAGCGUGAAGAGUGGAAUCUGUUUUUAACUGAGGAUGACGUAAGCGUCCUCGACAUCAACCUCAAGUGACAACCCUCAGCUAAUUAAGACUCAAGACCGCGGAGACAGGACCUAGCACUGAGCCUGACGCCAAGCCAGUGAGAGUGACCAGAUGGCGGGUUUAGUGUAUGAAAGUGACAGGAGAGACAUUAUCGUUAUUCUAGUGUUUCUUUCCUCUCUCAUCGGAGCUGUCAGCAGUGAGAGUACUGGUACAGAAAAAUGCGCAGCAAAAUAUAAAGAUUGCUUUUGCGAAGACGACCACUGCUUCUUCACAGUUGAUAAAAAUAUUACCUUCAGCGCUGCUGAGCAGUAUUGUCUUGAACAGGGCGGACAUCUAGCGACAGUUCGGAGUGCAAACGGGCAGCGGAGACUACAUGGGAUAGCUGGAGAAAGACGUGUUUGGAUUGGUGCUAGAGAGCACGUGAUGUCGACAUGGACGUGGUUGGACGGUUCUCCAUAUAUCCCAAGUCCUAGUGGUUUCAAUCAAUUUGAUACCUCAAACAGCGAGUCCACAGCUGUGAUGCUUUCAAGGAGCAGGAGGCAGUGGACUUGGAAAUCAAGCUUUAAAUUUAUAGAAAAAGGUUUUAUUUGCGAAACAGGUAAACUCGGAGAGAAUAUGAACUGUCCUACCAGCAAUGACGAUAACGUCGUGGUAUAUGAAUUGGAUGGUCGUUGUAUUCUAUACAGUCUAGGCAAGCAGUACUACUCGUGGUAUCACGCGAGGCAAACAUGUUUCAACUGGAAUGCUGAUCUCAUUAAAAUGUCUACCGAAGUAUUUCAGACAAAACUUUUGUCGGUUUUUGGUGUUUUGUCACCCGACGAGCGUUGGAUUGGACUGCGGAAUAAUAUAUGGAGAUGGGAGUCGAGCGGCCAAGAACUAAAAGAAUGGCACUGGUCAGAUAGGGUGGUUGCAGGAGAAUCGAAACAUUGCAUCAUUCUUGAUAAUCGCUUACCAGAAUUAAGAAGCUGGAAACCAGUAUCCUGCACAGAAGAGCACAGCUUUGUUUGCGAAAUUCAAGGAAAGGCGCAGAAGAAAGAGGGAAAAGAAAAGCACCCAAAAAGCGAAGGUGCACCAUCGCAGGGCAAUGUGGUCGGUAUAGCAGCAGGCGUCGUGGUAGCAGUUCUUGUUAUAAUUGCUGUAGUGGUGCUCGUGGUGAUUUACAAGCGACGUAAAAGGGCGGCUCAGGCUAGUGACGGUGUUCAAUAUUCAGAAAUUCCUCGAAGUGGCGUACAGGACAAAAACACAAACCAAGACACUUACGCCUAUGCUUCCACCGUUCUUCCAGCAAAUUGUACGAAAGAUACUACGGAUGCAAGUGCGUACAGUUACGCAACACCCCGUGUACGCAUGGCACCUCUCGGUCUCGAGGACGAGAAUGCGUACGCAUACGCAACAAAUAACCCAUCUAAACAUACUGGCAAGGCAGCAGUGACAGACAUCAAAAUUUCAGAUGGACCGAAGAAGGAUAACGCAAAUAGUGAUCGAGAUGAGGAUGUGAGCCGUUUAUACAGCAAACCGAAUAAAGCCAAGAAUAGAAAUGUAGACGAAACACAGAAUUUUGUAGAGCUAAAGGAAAACGAAUUAUAUAAUCACGAGUGAUUUGAAAAAGAGAUUUAUCACAGAACAAUUACUUUCAUAAAUUUCAGUUUUAUCAUGUUUUUUUUUUUACUUGAAGAGCUUGUCAUAUGCAAACGCCAAAUAGCUUGAGUUACAGUGUAAAUGCUUGGUGAAUAUAUUGCUUUUGUAACUUUCAAAUAAAUUUUGUGGCUUACUAAGACAGGGAGAGGUGGCCAGAUAAGGAAAAAGAGAGAAAAAAAUGAGGAUUUUCUGAGAUGUGCCGCACCAUGCUCAUUAUGUCCAUGGCCGCACAAACCAUUGCUGAUAUCAACACCUAAAGGGAUUCCGGCUUUCUCUAAAUCCCUUAAUAAUUUUUCGCUCAGUCUGUGAUUUUGUUUAACGACCUUCCCUUAAAAUAAAAUAUCGCACAGGUUUUGCCUGAA